AUGUACCCACACGAGAGGAUACAGCCACCGUCUCAGGUACCCACACAAGAGGAUACAGCCACCUCAUGUACCCACAAUAGAGGAUACACCCACCGUCUCAUGUACCCACACAAGAGGAUGCAGCCACCGUCUCAUGUACCCACACAAGAGGAUACAGCCACCGCCUCAUGUACCCACACAAGAGGAUACAGCCACCUCAUGUACCCACAAAAGGAGAUACAGCCACCGCCUCUGUACCCACACAAGAGGAUACAGCCACCGCCUCAUGUACCCACACAAGAGGAUACAGCCACCUCAUGUACCCACACAAGAGGAUACAGCCACCGCCUCAUGUACCCACACAAGAGGAUACAGCCACGGCCUCAUGUACCCACACAAGAGGAUACAGCUACCGCCUCAUGUACCCACACAAGAGGAUACAGCCACCGCCUCAUGUACCCACACAAGAGGAUACAGCCACCCCAUGUACCCACACAAGAGGAUCAGCCACCUCAUGUACCCACACUAGAGGAUACAGCCACCUCAUGUACCCACACUAGAGGAUACAGCCACCAUGUACCCACACAAGAGGAUACAGCCACCGUCUCAUGUACCCACACAAGAGAUACAGCCACCGCCUCAUGUACCCACACAAGAGGAUACAGCCACCUCAUGUACCCACACUAG